CCGUGCUGCCCAUUCCUGGAACCGGUGUGGUGCUCGAGCGUUCAGGCAAAAUCCUCAGAUGGGCCUUGCUUUCAGAGCAACAGCCUGUGAUGCUCAUUUCCUGUGUGUGAGAGAUAGGAGGGAGGGAAAAUAGCAACAAAUCUGUGAGUUGCCAACAAAUGCACAUUCCUGGAAAGGCUGCACCUCACAUCCAAGUUGGAGGGGCUGAAGAGUAGAUCUCUUUGUUGCAACAUCACCAGAAUCAAUUCUGGUUUCUAAGAAGUUUAUCUUUUCCCCUCAAAAUGGGAGAGCCAGCGACCCUCCCCCCUUUCAAUGAAGCCUACCACAACUUGACGGAACUCUUGUAUGCCUUCAACUACACAUUAGAAAAUUGUCAUUGGGAACUAGAUGAUGGCAUUAAACGGGUCUUUCUCUUUGUUCUCUAUCUCAUCAUCUUUGUGGUGGGAUUGGUGGAGAAUCUCUUGGUCAUAUGGGUCAACUGGCAGACCCGAAACCACCGGAACUUGGUCAACCUAUACAUUUUCAACAUGGCCCUUGCAGACCUGGGGGUGGUCCUCUCCUUACCAGUCUGGAUGUUGGAAGUCGUGCUUGAUUACACGUGGCUUUGGGGAGAUUUCCUCUGUCGCUUCACCCACUAUUUUUACUUUGCCAACAUGUACAGCAGUAUUUUCUUUCUCACCUGCCUCAGCAUUGAUCGGUAUGUGUCCCUGACAACUUCCUCCCACUUCUGGCACGAACGCCAACAUUGUGUGCGACGGAUCACCUGCUGCUGCAUAUGGGCCUUUGCUGCCAUCCUCCCUUUGCCAGAAGUGGUACACAUGGAGUUAAUCGAGAGCAUUGAACCAGUGUGUUUCUUUAUGGCCCCUCUGGAGAGCUACAACGAGUGGGCCCUCGGUCUCAACCUCCUUGUUGCCAUAAUUGGGUUCAUUAUCCCAUUCUUCAUCAUGGCAGUCUUCAACAUACUGACCGCCAGACACAUAAAGCGUUGUGACAAGCCAGAGAGCAGAAAAAACUGCUACCUCAUCUAUGCUUACAUAAUUGUCUUCUUGGUCAGUUGGCUGCCUUUCCACCUAAUUUUGCUAAUCCUCACCAUUGAGGGGACAAACGUGUUCCUCCACUGCUCUGUAGUUGACUUCCUGUACUUCUUCUACGACAUCGUAGACUGUUUCAGCCUUCUCCAUUGUGUGGUCAAUCCCAUCCUGUACAACUUCCUGAGCAAGAACUUCCAAGGAAAGCUUAUCUCUGCUGUGGUUCGAUACAUUCCCAAAAACCAGAUGGAGCAGGACAGAGAUGGCUCUUCCUCCAACACCCAACACUCGGUAGUCAUCGUGCAAGACAAGGCAGUUUAAACAGCUUUUCUGAUUUUGGGGUCAUCGUCAUAAGAAUGCGUUUGCAAUUUUUCUCUCUUAUCAGCAAAGGAUAGGCUUAAUUAGGAUACCUGUUGGUGCCUAUGUUUUUUUACAAUUUAAAAAGAAGGGCAAUAUGGGUAAAAAUGAGGUAGGGAAGAUGAUAACGUGCUGCUGUGUCAAACUGACUAGCCUUAAUCAACCAAAAUCUAACAUUGCUAUUAGUCCUCAGCUACUUUUCAUCUUGAAACUUGCAAUGAAAAAAAAAACUCUCUUUUUUUGUCGCUUUGACAUUUUACUGUGGAAAAGAGAUGUAUUUCUCUUAAUUUCUUCUAAUGUGAGCAGUUCUUGUAUGAAAAUACUAUUCUGAAAACUUAAUGCUGAGCUGCUGGUUAAACAGAAUUGCUAGGCAGAGCAACUUAUAGCUGAAGCACUUGUAAAUAUAGCUCCAGCCUAGAAGCUAAAGAACUAAAAUGAUCUGUGAAGAUAAAACAGAGUGUAGCCCUAUUUUAAUGUGAACUUUCAAUUAGUUGUCUCUUGGAACCGGGAUACUAACAAUUCGAUCCUAGCAAUUCCUACAUAGGUCUUUUUAGUCCAAACCACUAACAUUUGCCUAACUUAUACCCAGUGAAAAUGUGAAUUUAGGAAAAUGUGAAAAGAAUAUUUCUAGGCAAUUACACCACAGGUGAUUCUAGAAUUUCUCCCUCCUGAGAGAAUCCACAUCACCCUGAAUUCUUUCAUUGUGUUAAAAAUUCCAAACUAGAUUCUGGGGCAGUGAUGGCUAGACUUUUUGUAAAGGCGUGCCAAAAUUGUGUGAGUGCUAUUGCACAUGUGUGCGUGCCCAGACUCACAAUGGAAUGUGCCUCACCGACCUGCAGAUGUGCAAACCCCCCCACAUGCGGAGGGAGAGUUUUCACCCUCCCCAGGCUCCGGAGGCUUUCCUGAAGCCUGGGGAAGGUGAAAACAAACUCUCCCAGCCCACCAGAGUCUCUCCGGAAGACAGAAAUUGAUCAUUUCUGAACUUCCAGUUGGCCCAUUGGGCCUGUUUUUUGCCCUCCCCACACUUCAGGAAAGCCUCCGGAGCCUGGAGAGGGCGAAAAACGGCCCAACCGGAAGGUCGAAAAUCAGCUGGCUGAGGGCUGGUGUUCCGGCAAAUAUGGCCCCACGUGCCACCUUGAUGCACACACACAGUUCUGGGGUUUCUUUUUUUUCCCCCUUGCCUUUGUCUGCAGCUGGAACAUUUGUCCAUCCUUGAGUUUUCCGUCUCUUUGACUUAUAUACUUUCUAACAUUUUACCUGGUAUGGAAAUAAAUUUAAGAGAGCAUUAUUUCAGUGUUCAAUGCUUGCAAAGUAAUGCUAUUACUGGCCAUGGAUCAUGUUUGUAAAUGACUGGACAAGAUAUAAAGGCUCUCUGUGUUUAGAAAGUGGACAUAACUGGUUUGAAGAAGAAAUUCAUAAAUGAACCGAAUGAAAUGCUGGGGAUAAAUCUGUCUCUUAAAUGAAGAACAAUGUAAGAAGAUGUAGCUAUGAUUGUUGCAUCCAAACAUCAUUCAAGGGAUGCCCAGAAUACUUCUUUAACCUAAUAUAGCAAUGGAAUAGUGCAGUACAGUGUGGACACCUGUAAAGUUAUUUGUAAACAUUCUAUUUUAACAGAAAUAUGCAAGAUAAUCUAUAGGAAUUUUCAAGCACGUUUAAUCUUUUACUUUAUAAAAGUGAUGUGAAAACAGGCAGAUGGGCUGAAUGAAUCUUGUAUUCAAUAAAGUGGUAUUUUGAUUGA